AUGAGAUCCUGCGGAUCUAUUACAUACUGUCGUCGGGAGUGUUUCUGCGAAUUAAAGAAUGAUGAGACUGGAAGAUGCUGGUGUCCACAGGAAGGAACAAGUCAAUACUGCAGGAGAUCAGGCUGUUGCGGGAGUUGUCUUUGCGAACAGUUCGGGGAGAUUGGAAAAUGCAUUUGUUAUGGAAGUCAUUGCAGUAAUACCUUUUCGUCUUGGGGAAAAUGGACGUCUUGUAGUGUAACCUGUGGAAACGGUUCCCAACAAAGACAUAGGAGUUGUAAUGGAACCUGUUCUGGUGCGUCAUCAGAAUCCAAGACCUGUCAUCCAGGCCCUUGUCCAGCAGCAGUAAAUGGAUCGUGGAGUUUAUGGGGUAACUACAGUCCAUGUGAUAAAACGUGCGGAAACGGCUGGAAAGUCAGAUUCAGGAAGUGCAGUAAUCCUCAACCGGCACGAGGUGGUCUUCCUUGCAUUGGUGAUUCACUGGAAGCAGUGCGGUGCAACACGUUCCAUUGCCCUGUUGAUGGACAAUGGUCAGCUUGGUCAGGAUAUGGACAGUGUAGUAGUAGUUGUGGGGCAGGUGUUCAGAUAAGGAUUAGAAACUGCUCCAAUCCUGCACCUGAAUAUGGAGGUAACAACUGCACAGGAAGGUUUAAGGAGAGCCAACUGUGCAAUCUCAGGAGUUGUCCAGUCAACGGUAACUGGGGUCAAUGGGGUAACUUUCGGCCAUGUGACAUGCCUUGUGAUGGGGGAAUUCAUAUCAGAAUGAGAGGAUGUGACGACCCUUCUCCUUCUUAUGGAGGGCUUCAAUGCCCUGGUCAAUCAGUUCAAACAGAGGCAUGCAACACUCAGCCGUGCCCAGCAUCCAGUCAACCAAUAGAUAGUCUGAUCGGAUAAUGUUGUCACAAAUAUUGUUAUACAUACAUAU